AUGGCGCCGACGGACAAACAGUGGCAUCUGAUGGGACGGACGGUGCGCGGUUGGAAGGAAGGGAAGUGCUCCCUGUUCUUGCUGACUGUCAUCUUCGUCCUACCACUGCUGCUGUGGAAAGCAAGCCAAAACAACUCAAGCAUAAAAGAAAUAACCAAAAGAGAAGUUUCGUUUGACCUCUCUGAUGAACAGAUAAAACCUGAAAAUAAUGCAUGGUAUGAGACCAUGAAGGUAAUCGCUAGGAAAAUCACUAAUGAGAGCUGUUAUGUCUGUGCACAACUUCCUCAUGGUGUGGGUACUACUCUCCCACUUAAGACCAUCCCACUUAACACCUCAGAGACCUUAGGAGUACUGAUAGCUUUCACUCAGGGGGUUUCACUAAAGAAUAGGAUUGUGCGAGACAUGACUAGUAAACUUAAACUACUGAAUAUCAGUGUAGUUAAUUAUGGGGGUUCCACAGCUCGAUUCUGGGACAUGUCUUUGGUGACAGAUCAGGAAGUUCACCAACCUGUGAUGACAAUAAACCCCACCGGACAGUUAGGCACUGUUUGUUUUACUAGACAAUGUUUUAUGGCUGAGGAUCACCAUCUGGGAACUUCACCAUGUAAGCAAACGGUUAUAGCUACUUGUGGUUUGAGAUGGGAUCGGGGAUCAUCAGAAACAUGUAAAUAUAACGUGCCAUUUGUUGCUCCGUUAAAUUUAACUAAUACUAUCAGUUUACAUAGACCAGGUUAUGACAACCCGGUUGUUAGUAUGCCUUCUAGUGAUGGGUAUGGGUCUCUGAGGGAACAUGUGUGGGUGUGUGGGAAAUAUGUUUACCAGUCACUCCGACCGGGGUGGUGUGGGACUUGUUAUAUUGCCAGAUUAGUGCCUUCUGUUACCUUGUCAUCUAACCUCACCCACUUCCAUACAGAUUAUACUCACUAUUAUGUGCCAUCCAGACAUAAGCGUUCCACAGUAAGAGUGUCUCCAGGAGAGAAAGGAUUCGGAGGAUUCUUCCCUUGGUGGGGAACUGUGAACAACGCACACAAGAUAGAUGGGAUUGCUAUGGAACUGGAAAAUCUAACAGCCCUAGUGGGGGCAGGUUUCUUAUCUCUUUCUCCCAGUAUUCAGGGUAUCAGGAAUGUGGCUCUGCAGAAUAGAGUGGCUUUGGAUUUGAUGCUCGCAAGUCAAGGGGGUGUUUGCCACAUAAUUGGGACAGAUUGCUGCACAUACAUACCUGACAUUUCUGAUAAUAUGACGCAUAUAGUUUCCCACUUAAAUGACCUAUUGUUUGAACAAAAGAGCAAAGACUUUCAAAUUCCUGAAGGAUGGAAUUGGGGGUCAUGGUUAACAGGUUGGAAAAAUGUACUGUUGAAAUUUUUGACGCCUAUUCUGAUUUCAUUUUGUGUAUUAGUGUUGUUUGCAUGUUUUAUUGUUCCUUGUGUUAAGACUAUGGUAACUUCCCUCAUUAAGUCUAUGAUUGGGCAAUAUGUUCAACUUCCUGAAACUAAUCAAUCCUGGACGCUUCCCUUCCAGGAUGAUGAGAUGAUUUAAAAUUGUAUAGAGGAUGUUGAGCCUGGAAGUCUCAAAGUGGGGAAUUGUGACGGGAAUUUUACCAUUUGGGCAUUGAUUGAUGGAAGGAACUACUUUGAUGUAUAGAAAGAUGAGCAAAUGCAGUCCCUUAGGAAUCAGGGUGUUUUGCUUAAGCAAUUGAUGGUUAUAUUACUUCCUAACUUACAGGGUCAUUUAACAAACACUUCACAGGAAGGGGGAUGUAAGGGGGUUGUAAAACACUGAUAAGCGAUCUUUGAAAACAGAUGUUUGACUCGAGGGGCGUGAGACCAAGUAGAAGACAGGAUACUGAUUACCUAUUUUU